CUCAUAAAAAUAGAUGUUUUUAACGGGUUUUUUCACGGUUUAAAGAUGCAAUAUCCUCCUCCAUUUCAGAAUUAUCCGUUGAUUGUCCAUCAUCUGGAAAAUAGGCUUUUAGUGACCACUUUAAGAGCUAUUCUUAAGGAAUACGGAUUGCCUAUAUCAGGGAAAAAAUAUGUUUUAAUUACUCGUAUCCGGGAAUUCCUAGAUAAGGUCGUUGAGAUGAAGGAUAUUGCGCAGUAUGAGCGCCUUAAAAACAGUAUUAUGGGGAUCCAUCUUCAGCCGAUACCAUCAUACGUUGUUUCUUAUGCAUCUAAUUUACCAGCGGUACCAUCAGGAUCAUUAGAAUUACCAAUUUCUGAGCUGCCACUUUCAUUGCCGAUAAUUAAUGUUUUUCAAAGGAUUAAUUUUAAGCCCAGUCCUUUCUAUAAUAUUCUGGAAAAUAUUAAUAGUCCUAUUAUUUGUCCACCAAUGUUACGAAAUAUUAUAACGGCAUCGGUGCGACUUUCGUUGAAAGCAGUGGAAAAGUUAGCAUCGAAUGAAAGUUAUCGAGUCUAUCUUUUUUGUACAGCGACUGAUUCAGCUGCAUUUGGUUUUGCAUUGAUUGAAUUUCCUGUUCAUAUAGAUUUAAAAGUAAAUGGAAAACAUCUUAAUGCUAAUACUCGAGGAUUGAAAAAAAAGCCAGGUACAGCACCACCUGUUGAUGUUACAAGUUUAUUAUUUUUGGAUUCGAAGCUUGUUAAUAAAAUUGAAAUGAUAUAUGCAAAUACUGAGAAGAGAUAUUCAUUUGGUGUAUAUUUGGUACAAAAAUAUACUAUUUCUGAUAUUAUUCAACGUAUCAAAGCAGGAAGAUAUCUAUCAAAACAGGCGAUAUUGGAUACGAUAAAAAAAGAUUCUGAAGAUGGUGAUAUUAUAGCUACUUCUUACGAUAUUUCUCUUAAAGAUCCUAUUUCUUAUACUCGUAUUGAAUUACCAUGCAGAUCAAUAUAUUGCAAUCAUUUACAAUGUUUCGAUGCUUAUUCAUUUCUUACAUUAAAUGAACAGACACCUACUUGGCAAUGUCCAAUAUGCAAUAAACCAAUUCAUGCAGUAGAUGAUCUUGCCAUUGAUGGCUAUACUUUAGAUAUCUUAAAUUCUGUUUCUUCAUCUGUAGAAUCAGUUACAUUAGAUCAUAAUGGAACCUGGUUUAUUACAAAAUCAAAUAUUGGCAAUGAAUUAACCGAAUCUAAUGAUAAUGAAGACGUUUCUAAAAAACAUGAUACAUUUUAUAUGAAUUCAAAUGAUCUUGAAAAAUCUCUUGAACAAAAUCAUUCAGCUUUAUCAUCAUCUAAAUUACCAUAUAAACGAUCUGAACCUACUGUAAUCGAUCUAACACUCGAUAGCGACGAUGAAAGUCCUACACAAUCUCCAUUACAGAAAAAAUGUCGUAAUAAUUCUAUUGAUUCACAAUCAGAAAUAUUAUCUUCUAAUCUUCCACUCUCAAAUUUUCAUUUAAAUUUAGCAUCUAUUUCUCAUCUACCGAAAACUUGUUUUUUUGAUUCAAAUGUAUCCGAAUCUGGGCUUUCUAUCUCUACUGAUAUUAUACCUGUCAAUCAUUCUUUAAAUAAUUCAAUGAAAUUAUCUACAUUGGACUCCGAGCAUUCUGUUGUAUUAUAUAAACCUUUACCUGACAAUAACACAAAAGACAUUAAUGACUCUUCUACAUUCUUAGGACCUUUUCCUAAUGAUCUUUGGGCUAAUAAAGAUAAUUCAUGUUCUUGGCAAGAUGAAUUUCGGGAUAAUAAUUUUAUUGAUAUUCAUUCUACAAAUUUAUAACUUUAUAUACAACUUCAAAAACAUAAAUACAUCGGUUUACAUUAC